AAGCCUCUACAAAAUUGGUAUCAUUCUCGGCAGCUUCAUUUCAGCACAGCACAGAGCUCUCUACCUAUGGAGCAAUGCUUUGCUUUGGCAAUGUUAUUGAGUUUGGCGGCGGCGGCGGCGGCGGAGGGCGACGGCGGCGGGAGGAAUGGGCUGUGCAACACAGAUCUCACCACAUUUCUUCCUUUUCCAUACAGCAACCUACCUAACAUGGUCUGUCAACCACUGUGGAACUCAUAUUUGUUAAGGUAUUCCCGGUCGAAGGAUAACGAGAUCACGAUCGUGUUGUCGACCAUAUACACGAGCGGGUGGGUGGGGAUGGGAUUCUCGCGAGACGGGAAGAUGCUCAACUCGAGCUGCAUCGUGGGGUGGGUGAAUCCGGAAGGGCAGGGGAGAAUAAAACAGUAUCAUAUAAAGGGGUUCACCCCCUCGGAGAUCAAGCCCGACCGGGGUGAACUCCCUCUUACUAAUGUGCCGCCCUACGUAGCCGUGCAGGGCGCCACCAUUUACCUUUCAUUCCAACUCAAGUUCAACACGACCCUCAAAACCCAACCUAUAUUGUUGGCUUUCAGCACCAAAACCCCGCACCACCACCGCCUCACCCUCCACGACGACAAGACCACCAUAUACUUUGACUUCUCAGAAGGGAAAACAGACAGUAGUGUUGAAUCAUCAUCUCCAAGCAUUUUCAAAGACAGGAGGACUCAUGGGACUCUGGGGGUGCUGGGGUGGGGCUUCUUCCUCCCGACGGGGGCGAUUCUGGCGCGAUACCUGAGCCGUCGGGAUCGGGUGUGGUACUACUUUCACGUGCCCCUUCAGUUCAUUGGUUUCUUGCUGGGAGUUGCAGCAGUGGUUGUUGGAGUAUCAGUCUACAACAAGAUGCAUGCUUUGUUUCCAGCACACAAGGGGAUUGGGAUUUUUGUUCUUGUUAUCACUAUUAUGCAGGUGCUUGCCUUCUUCAUGCGUCCUAGCUCAGACAGCAAGCACCGGCGGUAUUGGAAUUGGUACCACAACUGGCUCGGCCGGAUUUGCCUCUUCUUCGGCGCCGUCAACAUAGUUUUGGGAAUUCACAUUGCCGGCGCCGGCCAAGCCUGGAAAAUUGGAUACGGAUUUCUGCUUGGCUUCAUCUUGGUUACUGUGAUUGUUCUUGAAGUAUUGCUCAGACUCAGACGAUCUGCUGAGGCAGAUAAGCAUCCUGCAUUCUCCAUGAAUUCAAUCGACCGCGAAAUAUCACUUUAAAUGUUAGUAAAAAGGAAAAGAGGUAAUUUUGCUGCUUCUUUUCCAUAGGAAAGAGGCGUUGAAGAUGAAAGGGUGAAAAAAAUGGAUGUUUUUUUUUUUUCUUUUCACUUUUGAAGUUUUGAAUGAUUUCUGGUAGGAAUUUCCCGCCAUUUUUUUUUACGAAGGUCGAGGUCUGAUGUAUAAACUGUAAAGAAUAUUUCGUGUGAAAAUUAGUUGCUCGCCACAUCAA